AUGCCGAAGGAUUUCACAAUACGGUGGGUGUAUGCGUACAAGACUACGAGACUGACAAAUCAGCAAUGGGUUUUGUUCGAAUAUCCUGGUGAGUUUGGCCACGUUUCUCCCGAGCCAGUUCGCCUGCCGCGCACGCUCGAACCCCUCUACAGCGGCGCCUCUACGUAUUACCGGGAGGUCGGAAAUAAGGCACGUCACCUCCCCAUGCAUCAUUUGGCGCCAUCUUCUGACGGGCUGGUGGCCCGCCAUCCGUCAGAAUAUGAACUGGAUCUGCAUGGUGUGACGGUUGACCAGAAGUACGCUUGUAGUCAGGAGUGGAGCCCCCAUGGCCGACUCAAUAUUUCGUGCAGUCUUGGUCACCACUCCUUCGAACGCAACUCGCAUAUUGGCUCUCAUCGCUGA